GCUCCGCAAAUUUUCAAGUACAGAAGAUGACCUCAUCGCCAGAAUGGGACAAGAUGCUCCGCGGAAAGUGGUAUCACGCGGGUGACGCCAUCCUCCAAGAAAACCGGACGCGCUGCAGAAAAGCCUGUGAGGCUUUCAAUGCAGCUAGAGAUGCCUCUCGCCGGGAGAAGGUGAAGCUUUGGAGAGAAAUAAUCGGCGACACUCGCCCCCUCCCUACCGAGCAUCCAGACGCAAAAGAAGAUGAGGCUUUAUUUGAAGAGACCGAUCCAUUCGUAGAUGGACCCAUAUCCAUCGAUCACGGACUCAAUUUCAAGGUCGGGAAAAACUCCUUCAUCAACUUCAAUGCCCUAGUUCUCGAUACAUGUCUCAUCACCGUCGGGGAGAAUGUUCUCUUUGGGCCAAAUGUGGGCUUGUAUGGAGCGCUACAUCCCAUGGACCCUGCCGAGCGCCGCGGCCUCAAGGGACCGGAGGCAGGAAAGGAGAUCCAUAUUGAAGAUGACGUGUGGAUUGGAGCAGGCGCUACUAUUCUCGCUGGGGUUCGUGUUGGUCGGGGAAGUACCGUGGGGGCGUGCUCUGUGGUAACUAAGGU